AGAGAGAGAGAGAGAGAGAGAGAGGCCGUCGGGUACAGACCAGAGGUUACCACAGGACACGGCUGCUGGACCUCGGCAACUAGCAACGAGAGGCGCACCAACCCGAACUGCCUCGGAUAUCUCGACCUACCUCACCGCCGCCAACUGUACCUCUGGAUACUGGGCUACUUGGACAUACAGCGGCAACUUCAAAGUCAUAUGUGACAGCGCCUGUUCACCAUUGUGUGUAAUGUGUGUUUUUCUGUCGUAAACGCUCGGACUCGGAGGACUCGGAGAACCCGGAGCGACCCGGAGCAGCGCGUUUCCCACCGACUGGACCUUUUUUUUCAUUCACUUUUCGGCGACGGAUACAUUAAUUUACUGCACGCAGGGAUUUAAGGACAAACAGCACUGGCUGUGACAUUAAGGAGUAGUCUGUCAGCGAACCGGUCGUUGCUCGUCCGGCUACAAGGAUUAGCAAGCGACAUGACAAUUACAUAAUAUCAGUUUAGCUACCCUGAAAAACAGAGCGAAACAACUGCGAACGGUAGCGACGUUGUGUAAAGACCGCGGAGACGCCGGCUGGAGGUCAUAAACUCUUAUUAACAUGGUGUUCUAAUAAUGUGUUGUUACGGUGCUUUCUUUGCCGUGGGUGCUACAAAGUAACGAGGGCUGCAACUCCAGCAGCACGGCGCUGAACUCGGUGGCACUUGUAGCGUUUGGACAGCAAAAAAAAGACGUCAAAGAAGACAACAGCGUUUCUUUUGUCGUCUGAACUCGUUCCGGUCGUGUGAAAGCGGACGUAACGGACGUUGUUCCGUCGAAAAGACGACGAACUGCCCGUGCUCCUCCAAGGGCUGAAAGGUCACCGGGACCGGUCAUCUCUUUUUCUCUCCUCCCCCUCCUGUCCUCUCCUCCUCCUCCUCCUCCUCCUCCUCCCAUCAGUCUGUUAUGAAGAUGUGAACUCUUCCCUUCCCUCCCUCCCUCUUUCUCUCUUCGCCGUCCAGGACGCUUUGAUCUUUUUUUUUCUCUCUCUCUCUUUCUCUCUCUCUCUAUUUGGCACAAAGAGAUCAAACGCGUCUCCCGCCUCUCGGGGAUGUACGAAAGCGUGGAUGUUGCGGGUUUUAGCCCCAGCCCCAGCAGCCCCAGUCCCGGCUCUUUCCUGAGCAUGGACUACUACCACAGACCCCCGGGGCUCGGGCCGGAGAAGGGACUCCUGUCCGGCGUAGGAGGACUCCAGCGUCCGUUCGGAGGGUCCCUGGUGAGCGGCAGGCACUGGAGCGGAUCCAGCCACUCCAUAGAGACUGAGAGCACGAGUUCAGGAGAGGACCUGCUCGUCCCCAGCCCCCCCUCACCUCCACCUCCGCCCCGCAUCUACAAGCCCUGUUUUGUAUGUCAGGACAAAUCUUCAGGAUACCACUACGGGGUCAGCGCCUGCGAGGGUUGCAAGGGUUUCUUUCGGCGGAGCAUCCAGAAGAACAUGGUGUACACGUGUCACAGAGACAAAGUGUGUGUCAUAAACAAGGUGACGAGGAACCGGUGUCAAUCCUGUCGACUGCAGAAAUGCCUCGACGUUGGCAUGUCCAAGGAGUUGGUGCGGAAUGAUAGGAUGAAGAAGAAGAAGGAGGAGAAGAGGCAGGGGGAGGCAGAGAUCUAUGUCCUGUCAGCAGACACGGAGCAGAUGAUCGAACGAGUUCGCCGGGCCCAUCAGGACACAUUUCCCUCCCUCUGUCAGCUGGGAAAAUACACCACGAACAACAGCUCUGAGCACCGCGUCUCUCUGGACGUCAAUCUGUGGGACAAGUUCAGUGAAUUGUCCACUAAAUGCAUCAUUAAGACAGUGGAGUUUGCCAAGCAGCUGCCUGGCUUUACAACGUUAACCAUCGCCGACCAGAUCACACUGCUCAAAGCCGCCUGCCUCGACAUACUGAUACUAAGGAUCUGCACCCGUUACACCCCGGACCAGGACACCAUGACCUUCUCUGACGGUUUGACUCUGAACCGCACGCAGAUGCACAAUGCCGGGUUCGGACCUCUCACAGACCUCGUCUUCUCCUUCGCCAGCCAGUUGCUCCCACUAGAGAUGGACGACGCUGAGACAGGAUUACUUAGUGCCAUCUGCCUGCUCUGUGGAGACCGUCAGGAUCUGGAGGAGUCAGACAAGGUGGAUGUUCUUCAGGAGCCAAUUGUUGAAGCCUUGAAGAUCUAUGUGAGGAGGAGGAGGCCUGAUAAACCCUGUAUGUUCCCCAAGAUACUGAUGAAGAUUACUGACCUCAGGAGCAUCAGUGUGAAGGGAGCAGAGCGAGUGAUCACCCUGAAGAUGGAGAUACCCGGUUCCAUGCCUCCUCUCAUCCAGGAGAUGCUGGAGAACUCUGAGGGACUGGAGGGGCAUGGAGCCGGGGGAGGGAAGGGAGGAGGUGGAAAAGGAAGAGGCAGAAAAGAGGAAAAAGAGGAAGAGCUUGGAAGCAGCCACCCAAGUCCGUUGCCUAAGUCAGUCCCCUCUCCCGCGAGCCCUGCGCCCUCCUCACCCUCCUCACCCUCCCCCUCGACCUGAGGUCCACCCGGCAGCACGGCGUGGCACUGCGAGGAAACCAUCCACACACAGACUGAAAGCAGAAAACACUGCACCUAAUCACAGAUGAACGUGUGAACGUAUGAACCCACAAACUCUUUUACUGGGUUACUGGUGACAUCAGUAACAUUGAUUCAACCUUAUGCCAGCCAGGAGGGAGGCUAAAUAUCUUUAUACAAGUGCUGCAGGGAAGUGGUGAGAGGUUGAAUGACAGAGGUGAGGGCUGAUUUGUGUUCAGAUGUCAUUGUUUUAUACAUUAAAUGCAAAAAAACAACAUGAUUUCAAAUUUUUGGGUAUCUUUUUACAAUGCCUCAAAGGUUAACUAUAUGCAGACUGUGUGAACCUAAAUGAAGGGUUAAUGAGAUACUGGAAUGUGGGCAAACUGAUGUAGAGGAGUCCUUAUAAAUCACACAUUUCCUCCCUUAUGAAAAGUCAUGUAUAGUAUGCAGAAUCAUUAUGUGUAACAUAUUGUAUAUAAAAAAGGCUGUGAAAGAAGUUGUCGGGACAGAGAUAGACUGAUGCGAGACGUUAUUUUCCUAAAUGUACAUGUGUAUAUACUGUAUUUCAGAGUUCUUCCUUUCCUCUCUCCACCUUCACCAACACAUACACCACUUCCAACCCUCUGCUUCUGAUCCCCUCACUGACACUUCAGGGAAGAUUAAUGAUCCUUGACUCAACUUUUCUCCACUGGAACCAUAAACACAAAUUGGAGACGUUCUAUAGCUUGAGAAAAAUGUAUUUCUCCAUGUUUUACUUUGCAUAAUCCUCUGCCAGAAAAGAUGUAUUUGUUUUCAGAUGCAGCUUCAGCAACUCAAGUGACUUAAUUGCAACAGACUGUGAAACAUAAGAAAUUUUAAUUUUAAAAUGAUACAACGUUCACCUCUUGGUGGACACUCUCAACCAAAGUUAACUGUGAUACCAGGAGUACAAACACCCACACACCCUCACAAGUGUGUUUCCUCUGUGGUAACAACCCCACACUGUGGCACGAGAGCUGUUGAGCUCUGCAGAGUUAUCAGUUAAAUGAAGGUUGUAUGGAAAUCUCAUCAUCAUGACAGGUGCUGCCAAAAUACAUCUCAAAAUGUAUACAAGCUGCAUUUUGUUUUUUAUAUUCUGCACCACUAACUCUCAUAGUCUGUUUACACAGUGCCACUGCCUCACUACAACAUACUCUGUCAGGUACAAAUCAUUUUCAGUGUUGUCCUCUUUAAUGUAUGGUGAGGUAAAAACUCAUUGGAAAGUAUAAAAAUACAGGGAGUUUAAUAAAGUAUGAUUUCCUUCUA